AUGACGAUGAUUCUGAGCCACCUCAGCCUGCAGCUGAACGUCAUCAACGGGUGCUCCAUGAAAUCCCAGGGAUGGGCAAACCCCACAAUCGGUUGGAAGUUUCUCAUCUUCGUCCUCCUGCAGGUUGGAAUUGGCCUAAUACUCUUCCCCUACCUCCGAAGCUUCUCAAAGCCUCUGAAGGAGGAUGAGAACCCCUCAAAUCUCACCAUCUUGCUGUGGACCUGGCCCUACGGAAUACAUGUCCCCAUUGAAAACUGCACGGAGGUCCUCGGUGUCCCCAACUGUCAUUUCACAGCUGAUCGCAGGUGGUACCAGAGGGCAGAUGCGGUACUUGUGCACCAUCACGAUGUGUAUCUGGAUGCUAAAAAGCUCCCACAAGAUCCAAGGCCACCUUUCCAGCGCUGGAUCUGGUACAGUCCUGAGCCGCCCAGCAAGCAUCCUGUCCCAGCCUUCAUGGACAACCUGUUCAACCUCUCCAUGUCCUACCGAAGAGACUCCGAUAUCUUUGCCCCAUAUGGGUGGAUGGAAGUCUACACUGAGCCCCAGGAGGUCAUCAUCCCUCCCAAGUCCAAGCUGGUGGCUUGGGCAGUCAGCAACUGGAAGUCCGACUCUGUCCAGGUGCGGGUGAGAUACUACGAGGAGCUGAAGAAGUACCUCCCAGUGGACGUUUAUGGGCGCAGGCACUGGCCUCUCCCUCAAAACAAGCUCCUCUCCACUCUGUCCCAGUACAAAUUCUACCUGGCUUUCGAGAACUCGCAGCACGAGGACUACAUCACUGAGAAGGUCUGGCGGAACGCCUUCCUCUCCGGAGCGGUGCCAGUGGUCCUCGGGCCACCGCGGAAGAGCUAUGAGCGCUUCUUGCCUCCACACUCAUUCAUCCACGUUGGCGACUUCCCAACAGCGCAAGAGCUGGCCACGUUCCUCCGUGAGCUGGAUGCGGACGAGGAGCAGUAUCAGAGCUUCUUCCAGUGGCGAGCGUGGCUGAAGCCGGUGGAAUACAAAUCCUGGGGAUUCCAGUUCUGCAGAGCCUGCCGGGCCUUGCAAGGACAGCCAGCCACAUACCAGACUUUGCCGGAGCUGAGCAAGUGGUUUCGGUGAGGGGGCUGCCUGGGGAGGGACCCUCUUCCCAGAGGUGAGAGGGAUGUCCGGGCUGAG